UGUGGGUAUAAACUUCCGGCUCUGAUAUUGUGUUGCGCUGUUCGUCUCCUUAAUUCUUCCGUCAAAGAUGGCGGAGUAUGUGAAUAUAGUCCGAAGGGCUUUCGGACAGUUAACAGGUCACGGUGGAGUCCGUGGUUUCAUGCUGCAGUUUUUCAGAGCAAAUGAUGUGAAAGUAGGAGCUCUGGUCGGUGUGGAUAAAUAUGGGAACAAAUACUAUGAGGAUAGCAAGAACUACUUCUUUGGACGUCACCGCUGGGUGAUCUACACCACAGAGAUGAAUGGGAAAAAGACUCUGUGGGAUGGCUGGUGUCUCCUCUGUCUGAUUGAUGGAGACAAUGUCCCUCUGCCCUGUGUUCUGCUGAUGCAGCAGGAGUGUGAGUGCCAGCUGGCUGUGAUGCCGACACACUGA